AUGCCUGCCGGAAACUCCAAGCGGAAACGGACCGGGGACAUAAAGGCUGCGCCAGCCGAAAGCCAGGGCAAGGAGGGUGGUGCUGAUGCCAGAAGAAAGAGUGGCCCAGCUGGUGAGCGUAAAGGCAGAGGCCAUGAUGACUUUGAAGACCUUCUUCAACCUUUUUACUAUAACAAAUCCCUGACCGAUCCGAUCAACACUGAAAAGGACAAGUGGAACCUUCUUCCUGCAUUUUUGAAGGUGAAAGGGCUCGUCAAGCAACAUAUCGACUCGUACAACUACUUCGUCGAGGUACAGCUGAAAAAGAUCGUCCAAGCGAGUGCUGAAAUCCGUAGUGAUGUGGACCCAAACUUCUACAUCAGAUUUCACGAUAUUUAUCUCGGCAGCCCCCGCCGAGCAGAUGAAGAGCAGUCAGAAGAUGCGCGCUUCAAAAUCGAAUCGACCGUUACCCCAAACGAAUGUAGACUACGGGAUAUGACCUAUGCUGCGCCGAUCCUGGUUGAUUUUGAAUACGUCCGUGGACGGCAACGAGUGAAGCGGAAUGGAACAGCGAUUGGCCGCAUGCCGGUCAUGCUUCGAAGCUCAAAAUGCGUGCUUUCGAAAAAAUCACCGCGUGAAAUGUACCUAUUACACGAAUGUCCCUUGGAUCCGGGAGGCUACUUCAUCGUAAACGGAACGGAAAAGGUGAUUCUUGUGCAGGAGCAGCUGAGCAAGAACAGAGUCAUCGUGGAAACGGAUCCGAAGAAAGAGAUUGUUCAGGCCUCUGUCACCAGUUCGUCGAACGAGAGAAAAUCCAAGAGUUACGUCAUCCUUAAGAAGGAUCGGAUAUAUCUAAGACAUAACGUUCUUAGUGAUGAUAUACCUGUCGUUAUUUUAUUAAAGGCCAUGGGAAUACAGUCUGAUAAGGAAAUGUUGCUUCUCGUGGCUGGAGUAGACAGCGUAUACCAGGAAGACUUCGCUAUCAAUUUCGAAGAAUCUAUCAAACUUGGAAUAUAUACGCAACAACAAGCACUGGAAUACCUUGGAUCACAUAUUAAAAUCACCCGAAAACCUAAUGGCUUUGGUGGAGGCCGUCGAAAUUAUAUUCAGGAGGCAGUCGAGGCCAUCGCUUCAGUUAUCAUUUCUCAUGUUCAGGUGGAGAACAUGAACUUUCGCCCCAAAGCUUUGUACGUGGCUCACAUGGCUCGUCGAGUUUUAAUGGCAAAGCAUGAUUCGAGUUUGGUUGAUGAUCGCGACUAUGUCGGUAAUAAACGAUUGGAAUUGGCCGGCCAGCUCCUUGCGUUAUUGUUUGAGGACCUGUUUAAGAAGUUUUGCUUCGAUAUUAAAAUGAACAUCGAUAAGGUGCUGAAGAAGCCUGUACGAACCGAAGCCUUCGACGCGUUCAGCGUGGUUGCAAUCCACGGAAAUCAUAUCACGCAGGGCAUGAAUCGCGCUAUAUCCACGGGCAACUGGAGUCUCAAGCGGUUUCGCAUGGAGCGUGCAGGAGUUACCCAUGUGCUCAGUCGAUUAAGCUACAUAUCUGCACUGGGUAUGAUGACUCGUAUAUCCAGUCAGUUCGAAAAAACUCGGAAAGUCAGCGGUCCUCGAGCUCUCCAACCCUCCCAAUUUGGCAUGCUUUGUCCCUCUGAUACCCCUGAGGGUGAAGCCUGCGGUCUCGUCAAGAAUCUUGCGCUCAUGACACAUAUCACUACGAAUGACGAGGAAGAGCCGGUGAGGAAACUUGUGUUUGCUUUAGGUGCUGAAGAUGUGCAGGCGGUGGGAGGACGGGAGUUUUACGGCCAAGGAGCAUAUAUUAUAUUCUUAAACGGUUCGCCUAUUGCUUUGACUCGCCGCCCAAAACAUUUCUUAAACUCGUUCCGGAGGUUGAGACGAAUGGGCCGGGUCUCGGAGUUUGUGAGCGUAUACAUUAACCAUCACCAAAGUGCCGUCCAUAUUGCUACUGAUGAUGGCCGAAUUUGUCGUCCACUGAUCAUUGUCGAGAACCAGAAGUCGAAGGUUACCGAUCUCCAUCUUGGCAUGCUGCGCAAUGGAACAAUGGAAUUCGAUGACUUCCUCGCUCAAGGUCUCGUCGAAUAUCUUGAUGUUAACGAAGAAAACGAUUCUUACAUUGCGGUAUACGAGAAUGAGAUAAAUGAAAAUACUACCCACCUGGAAAUCGAACCUUUCACUAUUCUUGGUGCUGUCGCCGGCCUUAUUCCUUAUCCACACCACAAUCAGUCACCCCGAAAUACCUACCAAUGCGCCAUGGGUAAACAAGCCAUAGGUGCUAUUGCAAAUAAUCAGUUCUUACGCAUUGACUCUUUACUUUACACAAUGGUUUAUCCUCAGAAACCUAUGGUCAAGACGAGGACCAUAGAACUUGUAAAAUAUGACAAAUUACCAGCUGGUCAAAGUGCCACGGUCGCUGUUAUGAGUUACUCCGGCUACGAUAUCGAGGACGCAUUGGUACUGAACAAAGGGUCAGUAGACCGUGGAUUUGGACGCUGCCAGGUCUUCCGUAAGUAUUCAGCGAAUCUCAAGAGCUAUUCAAACGGAACAAAGGAUCGAUUACUGGGACCCGACCGCCAGGAUGGUGUGCCUAUUCGUAAGCACGCCCUACUUGAUAACGACGGAUUGGCAGCUGUGGGAGAGAAGGUGAGUAGCGGCGAGGUUUACAUCAAUAAAGCAACGCCUGAGAAUGCUUUGUCUUCCGGAAUUACUGGCUCAGACGCUGGAGGGCCGAUUGCAUACAUUCCAUCUCCACAAACCUACAAACUUCCGGAUCCAAGCUACAUCGAUAAAGUCAUGAUAUCUACGACGGAAGGCGAAAAUCAACUCCUCAAAGUACAAACACGACAAACCCGUCGCCCAGAGGUUGGCGACAAAUUUUCAUCCCGCCACGGACAGAAAGGUGUUGUAGGCAUCAUUGCUGAACAAGCCGAUAUGCCUUUUACCGACCAGGGCAUAGUCCCAGAUAUCAUCAUGAACCCACACGGUUUUCCCUCUCGUAUGACAGUCGGUAAAAUGCUCGAACUUGUCGCCGGCAAAGCCGGCAUCCUCUCAGGCCAAUUUGGUUACGGCACUGCUUUUGGUGGCAGCCCUGUCGAAGAAAUGUCAGCCAUACUCAUCUCCAAGGGCUUCAACUAUGGUGGCAAGGAUUAUCUCACCUCUGGUAUUACGGGCGAAGCCCUCCCCGCCUACGUGUUCACUGGACCUAUUUACUACCAGAAACUCAAACAUAUGGUCCAAGAUAAGAUGCACUCCCGAGCUCGUGGACCGCGGGCUAUCCUCACUCGCCAGCCUACCGAAGGUCGAUCACGGGAUGGUGGUCUCCGCCUGGGAGAGAUGGAGCGUGAUUGUCUCAUUGCAUACGGUACCAGUCAAUUGCUUCUGGAGCGAUUAAUGAUUUCCUCUGAUCGGCACGAAGUUGAUGUGUGCGAAAACUGCGGUUUUAUGGGCUACUUGGGCUGGUGUCAGCGCUGCAAGACGUCAAGAGGAGUGGUGAAAAUGGUGAUUCCGUAUGCAGCGAAGUUACUGGUUCAGGAGCUUUUCAGCAUGAAUGUAGUUGCACGGCUUAAGCUCGCGGAUGAGUUCCCCGAAGAGAGAGGAAUGUGACAGCGAUUUGAGCGACUGCUUGAGUUUAAUAAAAAUUUCCUGCAACUCCUUCUAGAACUAAUUUCAUGUUUAUUUACGGACCUUGGAAAAAAAAAGUAUUUUACCUGCAUAGGGAUGGAUAUGAAGCAUGGAGUUAACGGGAUGUAUCUACAAACCGAAUUAGAUUUAUAGUC